CCAAUACAUCACAGCACGGCAGCAGCUGAACAUUCUUUGAUUUUUGUGGGUUAUUCCAAGAGGAGAAGAAUCGUAGAUUGGGUUUGAUCUAAUUGGGAUGUAAAGAACAACCAUUUGUGUUGCAGUUUUAAGCAAUGAAAGUGAUUGCCGAUCAAAAUUGGGUCCACUCUUGAAGCAGCUUGCAAUAGCAAACAAGAGCAUUGGUGGUGGAGUUGUUGUGGUACUUGCAGAACGAGACAAGGAGGAAAUGGAGAUAGACAUAGCAAAGCUAGAAUUUGACUUCAUGGGGACAUCUGUUAUAUGCCGAAGUGGCAGUCCUCUUAUACUGGCUGACUUAAAGAAGGUCUCAGUUUCAAAGGCACGUGCUAUCAUUGUAUUAGUGUCACAUGAAAGUUCUGAUCUGAGUGAUGCACGUGCUUUGAGGGUUGUGCUCAGUCUCACUGGAGUGAAAGAGGGUGUAAGGGGUCAUGUUGUUGUGGAGAUGAGUGACAUUGAUAAUGAGCCCCUGGUGAAACUUGUUGGAGGGGAUCUUAUUGAAACAGUAGUUGCACGUGAUGUAAUUGGGCGCUUGAUGAUACAAUGUGCUCUACAACCAGGCCUUGCACAGAUAUGGGAGGAUAUAUUGGGGUUUGAGAAUGCUGAAUUUUAUAUCAAAAGGUGGCCUGAGUUGGAUGGUCUGCAUUUUAAAGAUGUUCUUAUUUCAUUUCCUGAUGCAGUUCCCUGUGGAAUUAAGGUGGCUGCUGAAGGCGGAAAGAUAGCCAUAAAUCCAGAUGAUGAUUAUGUUUUGAAAGAAGGGGAUGAAGUCCUUGUUAUAGCUGAAGAUGAUGACACUUAUGCUCCAGAUCACCCUCCAGAGGUACGUAGGGGUCUUUUUCCAAAAAUAGCCGACCCUCCAAAAUAUCCUGAGUGUAUAUUGUUUUGUGGCUGGCGUCGUGACAUUGAUGAUAUGAUUAUGGUUCUAGAGGCAUGUUUGGCUCCAGGUUCGCAACUGUGGAUGUUUAAUGAGGUUCCAGCAAAAGAAAGAGAGAAGAAGCUGGCUGAUGGUGGACUUGAUGUAUCUAGAUUAGAGAACAUAGAACUUGUCCAUCAUGAGGGGAAUGCUGUCAUUAGACGGCAUUUAGAGAAUCUUCCUUUAGAGAAAUUUGAUUCUAUUUUAAUUCUUGCAGAUGAAUUGCUGGAGGACUCUGUUGUGCAAGCUGAUUCACGAUCUCUUGCCACUCUUCUUCUUAUACGAGAUAUACAGUCAGAGCGUCUUCAACACAAAGAUAGAAAUUCAACUUCUUUACGGUUCUCUGGGUUCUCUCACAGCUCUUGGAUCCGUCAAAUGCAGAAUGCUUCAGACAAAUCAAUAAUUCUUAGUGAAAUCCUGGAUUCUAGGACAAGAAACCUGGUGUCAGUGUCCAGAAUUAGUGACUAUGUGUUAUCAAAUGAACUGGUCAGUAUGGCACUAGCAAUGGUGGCUGAAGACAAGCAAAUAAAUCGCGUUCUUGAGGAGCUGUUUGCAGGGAAGAUACAGGCAUUGUUGAGUUUGCUAAUACUUUCCAAAACUAAUGGUGGUCAAACUUCUUCCCUUGACGCUUGCAAUGCAAUAUCAUAUGAAGCACAUGAAAAUUGUUUCUCAUGCUACCUUGUGCUAAGGAUUACGUUGCCAAUGAUUUAAAAUGUGAAGGCAUUGUGGAGUCGUCACUGCAUUCCACAUUGCGUAUGAUAUACAAGUGAUUACUAGAAGUUCCAAUUACAACUAGUCCACUUUAAGUUAUUACAUGAGUGAAGCUAGUUUGUCUUUGGGUUGUGAUCAAUAGUACAAAGUAACUUGGUAGCUUCUAGUAGCUCAGGAGAACUGCAACGUAAUGUGGACUGAUCAGAAAUUUGAGUGCAGGAGAUUGUAGCACCCUAAGACAACGAUUUGAAAUGUGAGUUGCCAAUGAUUUGAAACU